AUGGCGGACAGAGUCGCAGAGAAGCCAUGGCGAGUUCUCGAGUUCUACAGUGGAAUCGGUGGAAUGAGAUACUCUUUAAUGGCGUCUGGAGUUGUGGCAGAAGUAGUAGAAGCGUUUGAGAUCAAUGAUGUUGCCAAUGAUGUUUAUCAGCAUAACUUCGGACACCGUCCCCAUCAGGGGAAUAUUCAGAGCCUUACUGCUGCUGACCUAGAUAAGUAUAAUGCUGAUGCUUGGCUUCUUUCUCCUCCUUGUCAACCUUAUACUAGACAAGGCCUUCAGAAACAUUCUGGUGAUGCUCGGGCUUCUUCGUUUCUAAAGAUUCUUGAGCUUAUACCCCAUACAGCUAAACCUCCACAAAUGUUGUUUGUAGAGAAUGUUGUUGGAUUUGAGACUUCGGAUACACAUAUGGAAAUGAUUGAUACAUUGACAAAAUCAGAUUAUGUCACACAAGAAUUUAUUUUGAGUCCGUUGCAGUUUGGUGUACCGUAUUCAAGACCACGUUACUUUUGUCUGGCCAAAAGAAAGCCUCUGUCAUUUCAGUCACAGCACAAUAACAACAAGCUACUCUGGUCCCCAGGCCCGUUAUAUGGGCGUGAUGAUCAGGUGGAGUUUGGAAAAUGUCAAGCAGAAGAGGGAUUUGAAAACUUACUUGAGUCUUGCGAACCAGUAGAGAAGUUUCUUGACUCAACUGCACAAGUAAACGGCGAGCCAGGUAGUUUUGACGAGUCUGAGAAUGGAACCAGAGAAUGUGAUAGACAGGAAGAAGAUCCUGUCUCAGACUCUGUACAUCAAUAUCUAGUACCAUUAAGUUUGAUAGAGAGAUGGGGAAACGCAAUGGACAUUGUAUACCCUGAUUCGAAGAGAUGCUGUUGUUUCACAAAGAGUUAUUACCGAUACGUGAAGGGCACUGGUUCCCUCUUGGCAACUGUCCAGGUAUGUUCUUCCUUUUUACAAUAUUGUUUUUCUCUAUUUGCUAGUGCUUAUCGUGAAUCUACUAUGACCACGCAGCCAAAAAUAAAGGGGAAGGAAUCUUGUUUAAAAGAGCAACGGCUUAGAUACUUCACCCCAAGAGAGGUAGCUAACUUUCACUCAUUCCCUGAAGACUUCGAGUUCCCAAAGCAGAUAAGCCUUCGACAAAGAUAUGCAAUGCUUGGAAACAGUUUAAGUGUAGCAGUCGUGUCUCCUCUGCUUCGGUACUUAUUCAGUUCUCCAGUCUUGACUGUGGAAGAAGGAAACAGCAAGUGA